AUGGCCUCCGAUUCCAAACAACGUAAGUAUUUGACAGUUUAUGUACAUUAUAAUGGUUUAUUCGCACCAAAACCAUUAGUGUACUUGAACGCUGUUGUUGUUUCAAUCUGUGAUGUCGAUUUUGGUGUAAUGGAUCUCAAAGAGUUUAAGUUGUUCAUUGUAAAGUUGAUUGAAAGCAGUUGCGAUAAUGUAUAUUACUGCACUAGAAAUGAACCAUUGGCAGAGGGUAUUAGGAUAAUUGGGAAUGAUGCUGACUACUUUGAGUUUAUUGAAACGGGUUAUAGUAAUGAAGCUGGUCUAAGAAUAAAUAUGUAUAUAGACCACGAAAAUGAACCUGUACUUGAUUGGGCUAAUAUGGAAGUACUAGAAGAUGGUGAAGGGCAUUAUUCUGAGCAAGACCCAGAUGAUGAUAACGAUUCACAACUUUCUGAUGAUAUUCCAUAUGAGCAUGAAGCAGAUGAUUACAUUCCUUCUCUUGACAAGACUAUUGGUGAUGAAUUCUUACACCAGAUGUCAGGUACUCUGGAACCAGUUCAAGUAGAUCCACUUCAAGUGGAACCGGUUCAAAUAGAUCCAUUAGAUGAUCCAGCUCCACAUGUUGAUGACAUUCAAGUAGAUGAUCCAGCUCUACAUGUUGAUGUUCACGUAGAUGAUCAUGUUAAUGAUGUCCCUACUCAACCUGUUGCAACUAGGAAGAGGAUACAAAAAUAUUCAGAAAGAAUUACCAAGAUAGGGUUGAGGAGGAAGGUUUUGAAGAAAGAAGGAAGCACUGAUCACCACCCAAUGGUGUUGGAAUGA